AUGGAUUCUAAACUCGGAAAUUUCUUCGACUCAAUCGGUUCCUUCUUCACCGGCGGUGAUAAGAUCCCAUGGUGCGAACGAGAUGUCAUCGCCGGGUGUGAGAAAGAGGUUAAGGAAGCUACUGAUGGUGGCUCUGAAGAACAAAAGAAAGAGAGUAUAAUGCGAUUAUCAUGGGCUCUUGUUCAUUCUCGACAAGCCGAAGAUAUCCAGCGCGGAAUAGCCAUGCUCGAAGCUUCUCUAGAAAGCAGUAGCCCUCCUUUGCAGGAUCGAGAGAAGCUUUAUCUUCUUGCUGUUGGGUAUUACCGUACUGGUGAUUACUCGAAGAGCAGACAGCUUGUGGAACGUUGUAUCGAGAUUCAACCUGAUUGGAGGCAAGCUUUGGUCUUAAAGAAAACAAUUGAAGACAAAAUCGCAAAGGAUGGUGUUAUUGGGAUAGGCAUCACGGCUACAGCCGUUGGACUCAUUGCCGGUGGAAUCGCUGCAGCUUUGGCUCGCAAGAAAUGA